AAAAUGGAAAAAUGUCCAGAAUUUUUUCCAUUUUAAAAAAUAAGUGCCCAACAUCACUGAGAAAAGAAUUUGAAAAUGUCAUAAUCUAACAGAGCAAUCCUAACUUGGGGCCAGGGAGGAGCAGAACAGCAGAUCCAUGACUUGUAUCCUAGUCUGUGGCAGCUAAGAUGGUAGGUGCGUGAGGUGGUGUUUCUUCCAUUCAUUUCACUAUACCAGCUCCAGGUUGGUGUAACUAAGGUGUCUGCAGGCAUUGGAUCUAGGAGAUCUAAAGUUACUGGUGAUUUGCCACCUUCCCACCCUUGCAACAACCUAUUUUGUGGGUUCCUGUUUGCUACUGCUGGGGGUAGCUUUCCACCCAACAUGGUAUAGCUUCUCUUCUUGAUUAUCCCAGAGUGCAGAACAUGGAAUAAUGGGCUCAAGGUACAAGAAGCCAGAUUUCAACUGAACAUCAGGAAAAACUUCCUAACUGUUAGAGCGGUACAACAAUGGAACCAAUUACCUAGGGAGGUGGUGGGCUCUCCAACACUGGAAGCAUUUAAAAGGCAGCCGGACAGCCACCUGUCAGACUGAUUCUAAUACCCAGUGUUCAGUUAGCAGUGAAGACAUUGAAAGGAGGUUCAAAAUAAAUCCACAAGGCUCCAUUUCUUUUACAACUGCAAAAUUUAACUAUAUAUUAGACUUUUCAGGGAUGAAACAAACUAACCAAACAACUGGAAAAGAACGUCCCAUAAAACGAGCUCCAUUUUCUAUCAGUGCUUUCAGUUUUAUCUGUGAAAAUCGAUCUAUCCCUAUGCCUUCACACUGGGAGAAUGUAAAUUCAGAAGAACCAUACCAGCUUAUUCCUUUGCAAAAGCAGACAAAUGAAUUUAAAGAAGUUGCUUGCCACUUCGGGAAAACGAUGGAUAGUAAUCAGAUUAAAAGAAUUCACAGAAUUCAGAAUCUAGACUUGUGGGAAUUUUUUUGCAGGAAAAAAGCUCAGCUAAAGAAGAAAAGAGGUGUUCCCUUCAUUAAUGAGCAUAUGCUGUUCCAUGGCACCAGCAGUGAAUUUGUGGAAGCCAUCUGUAUUCAUAACUUUGACUGGAGAAUCAAUGGCAUGCAUGCUGCUGUAUAUGGAAAAGGAACGUAUUUUGCUAGGGAUGCUUCAUAUUCCAGCCACUUCUGCAAAGAUGACUUGAAGCAUGGCAACACAUUACAGAUUCAUGGCGUUGAUCUGCAAUUUCGCAAGUUUAGGAAGUAUAAAGUGAUGUUUCUUGCUCGUGUAUUGACUGGAGACUAUAUUAGUGGGGACUCCAAAUAUGUGAGGCCACCUUCAAAAGAUGGGAGUUUUGUAAAUUUAUUUGACAGCUGUGUGGACAGCACUUGGAACCCAAAGAUUUUUGUUAUCUUUGAUGCCAACCAGAUCUAUCCAGAAUAUUUAAUAGAGUUCAGGUGAGACUUAGCUGAGUGGUGGUGUUUAUUAAACAAGUUUUGUUUGUUAAACAAAAUAAAACAUGUAGUGGGUAAAUAUAUAGCGGCAACUGAGAAUGGAAGUAUGAAGGUUGGCCUGCUUCAGAUUUCAGAUCAUUUAAAUUUUAAAUCUCACAAGGGUUUUAAAACAUAUUUAUUGUCAAUGCCACAUUACAUGUUGAUGUUAAUCUUGGAAGUUGGGCCACUUUGGCAUUGGAAAUAUCAAGGAAAUAGUUACGGAGUAAGCAAAACAAACCAAUCUUAUCACUUGUCAAAAUUUGCUAUAUCAUGAAAUUGAGGUAUUCAGCAGGACUGGGUAGCACUCUGAUAAGAAUAUCAACACUUGAUAGCCGUUGUGGCUAACAAUAAGGUAUGCAUCUCAUAUCCAGAUGUUCUAACUUGAACAUUUUUUAUGGAAAGUCAGAGUAUAAAUGUGUCAAAUACCUAAAUUCCAGCUGCAUAAUAGAUAGUUCAGAGUUCUGAGAAAAUGGUACCUUGUAUUUCCUUUUAUGGAAGAAUAGAUUUUUUGGCAAUGAUGUCAUUAGGCAAAUCUAAAGAAACGUAAGUAGCUAGGAGUCUCUGGCUUGAACUAGUUGUUAGGGCAAAAUCGCCACUGAAAGCUGCAGGCAGCUCUAUUUCCUUCUCCCCUAAAAUAUCCAGAGAUGGACAUGCUAACAAGCUUGCAGCUUUCCAUCCCCCAUGAGUUGCAGCCAAAGAAGUAGAAUGGGGUUACAAGUACAAGCUUACUGUAGGCAUGAUGAGGAAGAGAUAAGACUCACCAUGUAUCUGUGGUAAUGUCUAGUUCCAGUCUCAGUGAAACCAAAUUCACACAGUAAUGCACAUGGGCACAACGACAUGAGCAAAGAUUAAUGUGAAUAGUGAGCUGGCCUGGCAACCAUCUCUGUGGUUGUGCUGAACUUUUCAAUUCCCAUAUGUUGUGGAGGAAGUAGCAACACGAACCAGCCCCAAGUCUCACUGAAUUCAAUUACAGUUGGGUACAUCUCACUUCUCUGGGUUAUACCUAGUCAGUAUAAUUAAAACCCCACGGGGUUUUGAGAGAGAGGGUGCUUUGGCUCUGCAUAGAAGCUUCCUUGUCAUUUUCUUUGGGCCAAGGGACUCUUGCUAUGCACACAGAUUCCUUUACUAUGUAUAUGGAACAUCCCUCUGCUUGUAGGAAAAGACAUGAAAACCUUUGAGUACUGGAAUCUCCAUAUGGGUAUCAGAACUGCUAGAUCGGAGGCGGGGGUCAGCUCUGGAAAGAAUUAUGCCAGUUAAAAUAUUUCAGCACAUUCUGUGUUUCUUCCUUUUCCAGUUAGAAUUUAAAUGAACUAGUAAAAGCAAAAUAUUUAAAUAUGCAAAUUCAAAUAUUAAAGCAAAUAACACAAUUCAAACUUUUGAAUUGUGGUCCAGAUUUUGCAAUAAAGUUAAGAUUCCUCCAACAGCUUUCAGAUGCUUUAUAAAAUGUGUGGCCAUUUGGAAAAAUGGUAUUUGGGUUUAACAUAGUUUAAUAUUGGGGAAAUAAUUUGAAUUUGUUUGCUCUAAGCUGGAUGAGGCAUUAGUUUUUAUGAACACCUAUGUUAAGUUGUACAUGACUGCUGUGUUUGUUAACACUGGGAGACAUUGUUUCUUCCAAAGGUUGUGGUCAUGGUGGAAAAUCACAAGUGGCAAAGAAUCACAGAGAAAAGAGUCUGACAACCUAAGGCAGCCUUUCCCAACCAGUGUGCCUCCAGAUGUUGUUGGACCACAAUUCCCAUCUUUCCUGACCAUUGGCAAUGCUGGCUGAGGCUGAUGGGAGUUGUGGUCCAACAACAUCUGGAGGCACACUGGUUGGGAAAGGCUGACCUAAGGGCUUGUUUGUUGGGGAUGAUGAAUGAAUGAAUGCUCCUUGGUACCAAAUUUUGCUUGCACCUGUUGAGCUAGAAAACAUUAGUAUUUAAUAUUACAUAUAGCAUUAACUGUGGAGUCUCCCAUGCACUUCAUGUAUAUGAUAUGCUUGUAAUCUUUACAACAGUUCUAUAAGGUUGGUCAUGAUUAUAUUACAGAUUGGGGAUGGUAGGAAAUGUAGUGGCUUGGCUAAGUGAGUUCAUUACAGAGGUGAGAUUGCAAACCAAGGAUUUCCUGGUUCAUGUCUCACUCUUUCCUUAGCUACUACAUUACUCAUGCAAUAUAAAUAGAAAUGUAUGCCCUUUCUUCUUAACCAUCCUCUGACCUGGCUCAUCUGCAUUGAGUAUCUAUGGAAAUGGGUAUGAAUGCUUAGGCAUUGUGUGUGUGGUUCAAGAUGCAUCACAUUGAAGCAAAGAUACAUGUUUGUCACAAAAUUAUGUGAUGACAGAUAUUGUUAAUGCUGUUGUCAAUUUUCAUGACUGUUUGUUGGCUAAGUCGUCUAAAGCCUUUAUUGAUUUGACUAGGAUCUGAAUGCACGGUAACAGGACUUAUUUUUUAUUUACAGUACGACCUUGUUAAGCAAAACAUUUAAUGUCUUCAGCUUCACAGUGCUUUAGUUUGAACAGAUACCUGAUAUUCUCCAUAUUAAGCUACUUAGUAACAAAUCAAUAGGUCAUUCAGAUAUCUUCCAAUCAUAUGAUGCCUUCUCAGAGUGAUUCCCUCUCUGUUAGAUUCACAUGAAAAUAUAAUAAUGUACAACUGAAGCUCAAUUUUUGUGUGUGCUCACUGUUGAUUUGCAUGUAUGAAUGACCCACAGUGGCAGAGCUCUUCAUUUAUCCUCAAAUAAAUGCAAUGCUUUUUAAUUAAA